UCGGCAUCCUCGUCCUAGCCGGCGACAGAAAUAGGCAAGACGGCGGGCUGUGCAUCUCAUCUUCAGCCUUGCCCCAGACUCUCUCAAAGCCGGUGCCCCUCGGAGCGCCACCCCAGAGCCUACGGGUGGCCCCGGCAGUCUCUGGGGCGCAUGGGGCGGCGCUAAUCGGGCUGGCGGCGCAGGCCAGGGGCCGCUCCAACAUGAACCUCGUGGGCAGCUACGCACACCACCACCACCAUCAUCAUCAUCAUCACCCGCACCCCGCGCACCCCAUGCUCCACGAGCCCUUUCUCUUCGGCCCUGCCUCGCGCUGUCACCAGGAACGGCCCUACUUCCAGAGCUGGCUGCUGAGCCCAGCUGACGCUGCUCCGGACUUCCCCACCGGCGGGCCACCGCCCACACCCGCGGCAGCCGCCGCCGCCUACGGUCCAGACGCCAGGCCAGGCCAGAGCCCCGGGCGGCUGGAGGCGCUCGGCGGCCGCCUGGGCCGGCGGAAAGGCUCAGGACCCAAGAAGGAGCGGAGACGCACAGAGAGCAUUAACAGCGCGUUUGCGGAGCUGCGCGAGUGCAUCCCCAAUGUGCCGGCCGACACCAAGCUCUCCAAGAUCAAGACUCUGCGCCUGGCCACCAGCUACAUCGCCUACCUGAUGGACGUGCUGGCCAAGGACUCACAGGCCGGUGACCCCGAGGCCUUCAAGGCUGAACUCAAGAAGGCGGAUGGCGGCCGCGAGAGCAAGCGAAAAAGGGAGCUGCAGCAGCACGAAGGCUUUCCUCCUGCCCUGGGCCCAGGCGAGAAGAGGAUUAAAGGGCGCACAGGCUGGCCGCAGCAAGUCUGGGCGCUGGAGUUAAACCAGUGAGCCGAGGACCGCGCCACGGCUGCCAGACCCCGGGAGGAGAGGAAGGCGGCGGCGAGCGCCGGGCUCUGGGUUCCAGGGACUUGUAGGGGUGCGUCCUGCCGAGCCUCUGCUGCACGCUGGCAGGUUGCUGACUGCAACUACACACUUGGA